CCAUUCACAAUUAAAACGAUAUGUUUAUGACAUUUCUAAUAUAAAUGAAAAUUAGUCAUCGUGGUUCAUUUUUGAUAGUUUUAAAUAUUUAGAAUGGCUUAUAGUUCUCAAUCAUCAAUGCCUGGUCAACAAUUUUUGUGGGACGUUUUUCAAAAAGUCGACAAAGAUCGAAGUGGACAUAUAUCGGCAGACGAGUUACAAAUAGCUCUCUCGAAUGGUACUUGGAGCCCAUUCAAUCCAGAAACAGUACGUUUAAUGAUUGGUAUGUUUGAUCGUGAAAAUCGUGGAACGGUUUCAUUUCAAGAUUUUGGAGCUCUAUGGAAAUAUGUUACUGAUUGGCAGGAUUGCUUUCGUUCUUUCGACCGGGACAAUUCCGGAAAUAUUGACCAAGAAGAAUUAAAAACAGCAUUGUCUUCGUUUGGAUAUCGGUUGUCAGAUAAUCUGGUAGACACUUUGAUUCGUAAAUUCGACCGGUUCGGAAGGAGAACUAUACUUUUCGACGACUUUAUACAAUGUUGCAUAGUUCUAUAUACCCUAACAUCGGCUUUCAGGCAACACGAUACAGACAUGGAUGGGGUUAUUACUAUACAUUACGAACAAUUUCUCAGUAUGGUAUUUUCUUUAAAAAUAUGAGCUUUAGAAACCAUAUCUUUUAAAUGCAUUUUAACUUUCCAUUGAAUUUAAAGUAUAGAGCUUGUCUCUUCUUUACAGUACCUGCAUGGCGAAACCUGCGCCACAGUAUACUAGUAAAAAGGUUUUUGUUGUAACUGUCUUGGCGUAAAUGCAGAAUACUAACAGCCAAUUUCACGAAAGCAAUUUAACCGCUCUAUUCAGUUUAAAUUUGUCAGUAACCGAUACAUAAUUGAACUAUAAGUUAAAAAUUAUAUAUAUAUUUUUUUUUAAUUUUUAAUAGAAAUUGACUGACAGAAAUUAGAAAUCAUUUUCCGUUUAAAUUGCUGGUGAAACCGGCAGUUGCAAUUCUAAAAUAAAAAAAAUGUAUAUGGGGAUUGAUAGAGAUCACUGAGGUGAGCUUAGCGGCAUAUUUUUUUUUGGGAUACAACUACAAGAGUUAUUAAAGGUCAAAGUUCAAAUUAAA